GCAGAAAGAAAUCUUUCCAUUCUCGAUCGUUAUUCAGUGGAGUUUUAUUUUCUCAUCGAAUGCUCGUUUUGUUUUUUUUCCAUAGGAGAGAUCAAACAAGCUAGUCAAGAAAAGGACUUAUCUGAGAACCAGUCCGCAGAAUGUAAAGCGAUAGCCCCUGAGCAAAGCGCUGCUGAGAGUGGAGAGGAAGGAAGCGGGCCUUCGUGGAAGGACAAGCAGAAGAUCAAGACGUUAGAAGAAAUUGAUGCCCAGCAAAAGAAGCAAAUAGAGGCACUUACAGCAGAACUUAAAGAGGCAGAAACGGCGUUGACGAAUCAAAAGACAAAAAAUUUCCAACUCAACAAGACAAUGGUGUAUCAAGUGCAGAAAAUACGGGAUCACGACGUCUUAAAAAAGGAGUUGAAAAAAGAGUUGAAAGAAAAGAAGGUUUCCGAAAAGGCGAUGUCCGAAAAGUUAGAGAAAGAAGAAGAGAAUCUGCAUAAUCUAAGUAUGAAGUUUAAGGCUGCCCAAAAAGAGGGCUGCAAAGUUAACCUUAUUUUACAGCAAGAGAGAAGGAACUACGAUCGAAAAGAAGCCGAGCUCGAGGAGAAAAUCACUAGGCUGAACAAUGAAGGCGCUGGGAUGCAAUCUAGUCUAACAGGUCUCACCACUGAGAUAACCGAACAGAAGACUGAGAUAGAAAAACUGCGGAAUGGAAAGGAGAGGCUUGGGGAUAAGUUCUUCCAACAAGAGAUGACCAUAUCUAAACUGGAAAUUAGGCUUGGCACGACGGACACUCGCAUUGGAUACAUGCAACUACGUUAUAAAGCAGAUGAGGUAAAGAAUACCUCGCUGAGAUUACAGAUCAAUGAAUACAAGAAGGCCAUAUCAGAGAGUAACAAGGAGUUGAAAAAGACUCAGGAACAACAAAAGGCGGAACUGCAGUCACUCACUGCUCAGCUUGAAAGCUACAGAGCCGAAUGCGAAAGAAGAGGCGAGAUCAAUGAGGCCGACAAGGAAACAAAAGCCAAUAUGAAAAUGGACAUCCGAAUUCUUUAUCAGCAGAAUGCUUUACUCCGCCAUGAACUGACCAGCGGUUUCAUUGCAUGCUACAGAGAAGUGAAGCGAUUCUUUUGGCGUGCCAUCGACGCCAUUAGAUUGCUAUUCCGCUGAGCACUUCAAAGGAAAGGGGGGGGA